GGCCCGUGCUGCUGGGGUUGGGGGCUAUGGAGUCUGACGCGGAGAAUGGGGAGGACAUCGGCCGCCGCGUAGCCGACCUGGAAGUGAGAUGGGUUCAGGGAUUCACAAACAGAAAUGUUGGUUUUGUCAAUGACAAGACUAUCUGCUACCCCUGUGGCAACUACAUCCUUUUUGUUGACAUUGAAACAAAGAAGAAGACAGUGCUGAAGUGCAAGAAUGGUCACGUUGGAGCCUUUGCAGUGAAUGGGAAAAGUCAAGUGGUGGCAUUUUCAGACCAGAAGCUAAAUCCUGUCAUCUAUAUCUACACUUUUCCAGGACUGGUUAAACGGUCAGAAAUAAAAGGGCAGGCUCAGCUGGACUACUCUUUACUUGCAUUCAGUUACACGGGUCCUUAUCUGGCCAGUUACUCUUCAGUCCCAGAAUUUGCUCUUUCAAUAUGGGACUGGCAAGAAAAUAUCCUUUUGUGCAGUAAAUCUCAACCAGGUGUGACAGUGACCUCUAUGAGCUUUAACCCCAUGAACUGGCACCAGCUUUGUUUGUCCAAUGAAAACUCUCUUACUGUCUGGAAUAUCGAAAGGAAUGAUCAAGAGCAUCAUCUCAAGUCAAAGCCUGUCAGACUCCCUGCCGAAGAUGGGUCUCUGAUGUAUAACCAGGAUGUCUUUUUUUCACAUCCUGGUAUCCAAGACCUCUACUAUGGUCCUGUGCUGCCAAUUUCAGCCAUUGCGGGGCUGGCAGGGGAUGAAGCAGAGACAUUUAGGCCUAAAGAUGACAUCCAGCCUUCAGUCCACCCUACUGUCCACUGCUGGACUGCGACGUCUGACCUGUAUAUGGGCUGUGAAGAGGGACAUUUUUUGGCAAUUAAUGUUGAGACACUCAAAGCUUCUCUUCUCUAUUACAAACCUCCACGAGACACUACAGAACGAAGGCGAACACAAUUUCAUUCCUUACCACUUCUUUCUGAUGAUAGUUUGAAAAACGAAGAAGACAAACGGAGAAAACAAAAACCUGUUCUGCUUGCUAUGGCAUAUCAUAAGGAUGGACUAUAUGCAGCUGGAAGUGAUGGUAUUGUGCACUUUUACCAAAUCAAAGGCACACACUAUCAGAUGGAUAAUUGCUUUGAUGUAUCAGAACCCAUAAUCAGCCUCGUUUUCUCCCCUGACUACAACAUAUUACUAGUAGAAACAGACAAGGGAUCAGUCUAUGUCUAUAAACCUUCACAGAAUGAGAAAGUCAUCAAACUCUUGGAUGCAUGCAAUGAUCAUUUCCUGUCAGCUGAUUUUCUUACUCCAGGGAACAAGUAUUGUGUGUCUGUAGCAAUUUCAGGGGAAGUGCAUGUUUGGCUGCUGGAGGAUGGAGCUUUCAUCAGCAAGCUCUGCCUGAAUACACAGGCAACUGCUAUGGUUUGCUGCCCCUCCUCAUAUAGUGUUGCUGUGGGGACCAAAGUGGGUCAUGUCUAUUUCAUUGAUGUUACCAAAGUUGAAACGCCACGGGUGGUUCACAGAGUUCUUCUUUCCAACUUACCUGUGCAGCAUCUGCAAUAUGAUCAGAGUGGUCAGUACCUCAUAACUGGAGCUGCAGAAGGACAUAUCUUUAUUUUAGAUGCCCGGCCCUCAAAAUUAUUCCAGGUUCUUGGAUACUUAGUGAUGAGUAGUGAAGUCCUAGGCCUUUCUACAAUAUAUGAUGUGGAGAGUGAAUUAGUUGAGGUGAUGGCACUCCUUUGUCCACCAGACCUCAGAAGAGCAAGACUGGAAAUCUUUUGUCUGCCUUCAGCAAUCACAAUAGACAAUGAUGAGUGUAUUGAUGAAAGAGGGAUGCUAAAGAACAGUGUCAUUCAGAAGCACCAGUACGAACUAGAAUACCCCCUGUCCUCAGCAGUCAGACAGAAAGGUGACACUGUGUAUGGCUACUGCAAACACGCACCUUUCAUCUGUAAAUACCAUCUCACCAAAAAGAAAACCUGGAAAGAUGUGUCAGUUACUUUAUCAGAGAAGAGGAUUCCAAGCAACCAGUUUGCACCAGGGUUCCUCCAUUUGUCACCUAACAGCCAGCUGUUGGCAUCAGUGGCUAAGGAUGGAGUAUUGUUUAUCCAUGAUGCUGUUACUUUGGAAACAGUUGCUCGGGAGCAUUGCCAUUCUUACCAAGGACAGGGAAUUGGAUCCUUGGCAUUUUCAUUGGAUGGCCAGUUCAUACUUGUCAAUGGCAUGGAUGAUGGUACCCUUGUGUGCCUAAAAUGGAAUAGGACUGGAGAAGAUGAAAUUAAGGAAGCUACUGAUGAUUGGCGACUCAUUCUCGCCUUUCUGAACAACUCAAUUUACAAUGAAAAUGCUGUUUUAAAGUCCAUGGAGGAGUGGAACAUUGCAACAGAGUCCCUACUGGAAUCAUCCUUGGAAAUGGAGUCUCAGGAAAUGCUCCAGAAGAAACCAAGUGUGGAAGUGAUGGAUGAAGAUAGCUACCUCAACCUGAACAUACUCAGUACUGAUGAAAUGACCUGGCUCAACCAGAAAGUACAGAAGGCCAUCAAAGAAGAGAUCAAGAAGUUUGCUGAUAAGAGGAAAGAACUGAAAAAAGGAAUUAAAAAGCUCCGUAAAACUAUUCAGGAAAUGAUGUAUGAAAAUGAACAGGCGCCUGAUAUUGAGAGACUGGACCAGCAGGAAUUCAACCUGGACAUCGAAGAACAGGAAAGACUGCAGGUGGAGAGUGAACAAGAAGUGGCCAAGAUAAGGAAGGAGAUUGAGAUGGAGAAUCUAGCCAAGUGCUAUCUGCGUGACGUCAUCAAAAAGGAAUGCUGGGACUCCAUGUCCAUAAAAGGUCGUGCAAUUAAGUGCUUCCAUGCAGCCUAUGAGGUGAAAAAUUACCCAAUGAAAGAACGUAGUAAAGAAGAGUUGGAAGCUUUGGAAAGGGUCCUGCAGUUAAAGAAGUUCGAGUCAGCUGAUUUUAAGAUUCGGAAGGAGAUUGUUGAGUUUCAGCCUCAGGCUGUACCACCUAAGGAGGAAGGGGAGAAGGUGGAAGAAGAACCUGUGACUGAUGAGGCCCCCUCCAGUUCCCUGAUUGGGAGCCUGAGUGCUCAGUUUGGGGGAGACACAUCCAUCUUAUACCACCAAAUGGACCUGCACACCAGGGAGCAGAAGAUUAACCAGAUCAUAUUACUGCAGGACAUCAUUUACAAAGUGAAAACUGCCUUUAAUAAGGAGUUUGACACCGUCGCUCGACAGAAGGAGCAGGAGAUUGCCCGUGUAAAGGAAAGGAACCUGAGGAUCCAAGAAAUCGUGGAACAGCUCGAACUCCAGGAGGAGGUCUGGGAGCCAGCUCUGACAGAUGAUGAGAUACCAGAGCGAGCUCUCACUGUCCAGGAUUCAGAGAUUAAAGUUGAAAAAUACCUUACCCCAGAGCAGAGAGCGAAAGCGGAGAUGAUGGCUAAGAUUGAAAUGGAAAGACGUCUUGCUGCUCUGAACAGCGCAAGACAGCGUGCCCUUUAUGACAUGAUGAAUGGGGUCCUAGAAAUCAAAAAGGAAGACAUCUUGAAGAUUGAGAUUCCCCCACCUCCUUUUGUUUCUAAACCUGAUACCCUUUGGAAUGAAGAGGAAAAGAAAGUAUUCAAAGAAUUUGAGAAAAAAGUUAAGGAGCUGAAUGAAGAAAGGGAAAAAUACAGAAAGACACUAGAAACUGAACUGAAGAAACUUCAGACCUCCAUUCAGGAAACAACACAAACUUUUGAUGACACUGUGAGCAAGCUGUUUGAGCGGAAAGUUAAAUCAGAGAUGGUCAUAUACCAGGAGGAACUCAAAAUAAACAACCUCCUUUACUCUUUGCUGUUGGAUGAAGAGCUGAGCACAAGAGAAGCUGGACUGAACCACUUCCUUGACAAGAAGCAGAAGGAGAAGCUCAGUACUGCAGAGGCGGUCCAGGUUGCACGAGCACAAGAUGAUGCUUACAGGGAGACCUAUGACAACUUAGCAGCUGAAGACAAAAUUCUGGAACGUGGCUUUAAAAAGGAAUUUUCUGAUGUUCCGGCGCAUCACAUUGAUCAUCUUUUCAAACUUUACAAACGCCGACCACGAGCCCAGAAGAUCAAGAUGCACCUUGACACUGCUAACCCUUAUGGAGAUCGGCCAGGCUCAGCCAGAGCUUACGAAGAGGCACUUGCCCAUUUAAUGAAAGCCAUAGAUGAAAUGGAUGACCCUGAAAACAUGCCUGAGGGAUUAGACCCGACGAUCUGGGAACGUUUCUGUUUGGCUAGACGAACAAAAGUGGAAAGCGAACAGCUGGUGAAACGGAAAGCCCUGACGCUAGCGGAGAUGCAGGCCUUUCUCCAGAAAAGGAUUGAUGAUGAUGAGAAGAUAAGGAUGGACAUUGAAAAAAUUUUAAAUGAACUCAAUACGCUACGAGAGGAAAAGAUGAGGUUUCAACUGGAUUUGACUAUCCAAUUUCUGCUUAAACAAGGACAGGUGGAAUUGGAGAGUGCUGCUGAGCUAAUACCAGAUUAUACUGAUGCUAUUCUCAUUCACAAGAGUGUUAUUGAAGAACUGAAUUGCACAAUCCGGGCUCAAGGAGAAAAGAAAAUUGCUAGCAUGGUGGAAAGUAAAGACUUCUCUAAAGGGAUAUUUCAGCUGGAAUGGGAACAUAAAAAAAUGAAGAUGCUGAUGGAAGAUCUAAACCAGAAGGCUCGGGAUAUUCAAAAACUGCAUGUUUCACGCGAUCGCCAGCUCUUCCUAAGUGUACUAAACUAUGACAGCCGCAUCACCCAACAGGUUUCAGUAAUGGAACAGACGCUUGGUGUGAUGGAUAAGUUGCACAAGAAGAAUGUGAAGAACCGUCAGAAAGUAUUUAAAGAUCUGGAGAAGCGCAUCUGUCUAAAGGAACAAGCAAACUACAAACUCAGCCAGGAGCUGCAAGAAAUGCUUGUGUCUGUUUCAGAAAGGCGGCACAUCUUUGAAGCAGCUGACACACAGCUGAUUUCUGAAAAAGCUGCAAAGGAGCAUUACCGAGAUAUUGUGCAGCGACGACAGCUAGUGGAUCUUGCAAAAGAACAGGCCCAGGAGAUUGCAGUUCUUCAGUCAGAAGUUGAAAGGCUGAGAAUGAGAACAUUUCCUGCCCUUUUUGAAACAGAAUAUUAGCAGAAGCGUACUUCCACCAACAUGAACGCAUAUGAGUUCAUCAUUGCUUAUCUCCUUUGCUUACCGUAGAUAUAUCUCUCCACAAAAGAAUUGAUUUCUUCCUUUAUUUACUAUUUUAAAAUAUUUUACUAGACUGAGUAUGAAAGCUAUUUUGUACAUUUUAUACCCAAUUUUGGUGUGCCUGUUGUAAAACUGGAAUUUAUGAUUUCACAGCUUAAUGACAGACACGUGUUUAUUACUAUAGAAACAGAUGUUUUGAACAACAUAGUCACCUUGUGUAUUCUGUGGUCAGCAAUGUACGUUCCUAUGAUGCUGAAGAAUGGAAGCAAUUCAGGAAACCCUGAAUUGUAUUUACUUAAGAAAAAGAUAUAGGGCAAAACUGUCAAGUAGUAUAACUAAAAAUAGUUUUGUUGAAAAUCAAAUUACUAGUAUACAUGUUGAAUGAAAUCACAAAUAUACUGAUUAUUUAAAAUAAAACAGUUCAUCAUCAUUGCUACAAGAUACCAUCAUAACAGGCAGCAUUAGGUGCACUUUACCUUGAUUAUAUAAAUUAGAAAAAACAACACUACUGCUUCAUUUAACUCCCAAGUCUUGAGUUCAGGAUCCUGUAUUUUACCUCCUUAGUUGAUGCCAUCGCACACUGAACAGGUCAACAUCUGUCAUCACAGGAAAAAGACACGUAAAAACAGUGCUGAGAGCAGUUUUUUCAACUGCUGUAAUUGACAUGAUACCAAGCCUUCCACGUUCAGAAUUGUGUAAGUGAAGUAUGAACUGUUUUUCAAAACUCUUAAAUUCUGGAAGAUACAAUUUAAGUCUACAUACGCUGUUAAUAAUUUUGAAUCCUAAAGAGUUGAACAUCUUUUCCUUUUUAAACCAUUAUUAGAUCAUCUUAUUUCUGCUCUUAAAUUUUAUUCCACUUCACUGUAUUUAAAAAAAAAUAAAUCUCACAGUCUGUAGAUUAAAUAAGCCUCAUUAGAGCUACCCUACUGAACUCUUCUUAAACAGUUUCUACUAUAUGCCCCACUAGUGGAGUCCAACUUCAGAUGUGUUGGCAUGAAAUUUCUUCUCACACCACUUCUCCCCGCAAAAGAGAUGGGAAGCAGAUAAGGAAAAGAGGAACCUUUAGUAAAUUCUACCAUGUGGUUUAAGAUGGACCUGCACAGGAAUUUCCUGCCAUUACAAUUUCCCCCCACCUGUUCUAAAUUGUUUCUUCCCUCAUCUUUCCUAGGAAAUAUGCCUCAAGUCAGAGCCCCAUUCCAAGGUGACAUCACUAACAGCAUUAAUACUUUUGUUUAGGAAAUACUACUUUUGUUAUUAAAACUUCUCAAUUGCUUUUGCUGCCUCCUUCUAGAUCUGACUUCUGUUUAUUGCUUUAUCAUUUUAACUAUGAUUCAUAAGUAGUCUAACUACCCCUCCAUGGUUCUUCCCAGAUUUCUUACCUCGUACCAAGUCCUCAUCAGGAGGCAGGGGUUGAAUUCCAAUCUAGCAGAACCGAAGAGUCCUGGGAGGGCAGCUAAUCCCUUCUGGAUGCCCCAUCUUCUUACCCAAGACACUGUUUCAGCCCCUUUUUCAUUUUGGUAACUACACAGAUUAUCAAAUGAUUUAAUAAUAAACACUGCUUAUAUAAAUUCCCAGUUAGCAGUAAAAUUCACCUUCUACCCAAGAGGGCCUUGCUGCAGAAUUUAGGUCUAGUGUCACCUGAUAAACAGGAGCAUGGUAAUCUGAAACAGCAAAACAAAAAUAUGCUACUUCUAAACUCAGAUUUUUCCUGAUUUCCCUGCAGGUACAUCAGAAGUGUCUCAGUGUUGAGGAAGGGAGUAUAGAUUGUCACAUGUACAAUAAAACAAAGUUACAGCAGAUUAGGAAUCUGUAUGUGUACAACGAAUCGGUGCAUUCUGGAGGUAUGGGGGGCAGUUGGGGUUCUUAUAAACUUACACUGGAUGAAAAGUGUUUCAAAGUAAAAAAAGAAAUUCAGUGAAGAAAGUAGCUAAAAUAAAUGGAUUGUCAAGGAGGAGAUAGUCAACAGGGAAUCAAUUUCUCUCACAAUCUCUAAUUAACAUAAUAAAAUACCACUCACAAAUUAGAACUAAAACCUAAAAAGAUGAAAAUGGCUUUGGGAUUUACUAAGAAUAAUUGCAGAAAUGUCAAUUAAAUGCAGCCAUUUAAACAUAUUAGACACAGUUCUGUUUUUGUUAAGCACCAUAGAAUAUGUAUUGCUUCUAGUAUCACAAGAAAUAAAGCCAUGCACAAAAACCUCAA